CUUUUUUUAAUUUUUUUUUCACAGAAAGAAAGCAGAAAGCAUAGGAAUUGGUGAUAGGAGAAGAAGAAGCUCCUUUCCCUCCCUCUCUCUCUCUCUCUCUCUCUCCGUCUGUCUCUGUCUCUCUAUUUUGCCCGCAAAUUUUCUCGGGAAAAUAUUCGUCUUUUUAAGUAGGUGAAGGAGGUGUGACUAGUUCUAUUUAGAUCUGUGAAACUUGACUUGGCUUUUUCGUAGCUGGAACUAAAUGAAGCUAAAACUGAUAGAAGUGAUGAUGAAAAACGGAAAGAUCACAUUUUUUUAGUUCGAUAAUUCUGCUUAAGUAAGGUUGUUUCUAAUGGGUUAGUUUUCAAUCAGUUGUACAAAGUAUGUGCUGUGGAUGGGAGCGGUUGAAGCUCACACCAACUAGGAUACUGCCUCUGAUUUCUUCUGAAGAAAGUAGACCAACCAACAUAGACAUGAAUCACAUAUCUGUCGAGACUGAAGAUACUUUUGCAAGCUUACUUGAGCUUGCAGCCAACAAUGAUGCUGAGGGCUUUAAGAGAUCAAUUGAGCGUGACCCUGUGUGUGUUGAUGAGAUUGGAAUAUGGUAUAGUCGUCAGAAAGGCUCCAAGCAGAUGGUUAACCAGCAUAGAACCCCAUUGAUGGUCGCCGCAACUUAUGGUGCUGUUGAUGUUAUAAGGAUCAUUCUUUCUCUUUCAGAUGCUGAUGUCAAUCGAUCUUGUGGCCUAGAUAAGAGCACUGCCCUUCAUUGUGCUGCCUCAGGUGGGGCAGCGAAUGCUGUUGAUGCUGUGAAACUGCUUUUAGCAGCUGGUGGGGAUCCCAAUUUGAUGGAUGCCAAUGGUCAUCAUCCAAUUGAUGUUAUUGCUGUUCCACCAAAGCUCCAAGAUAUGAAAUAUACUCUUGAAGAACUUCUUGCUACUGAUGGUUCUGUUUUUGAGCGCAAUCUGAGGGUUUCCACAGCUACUGCGAAUUCAAGUUCUCCACCUCUUUCACCUUCCGUGGAAAAUAGCUCUCCACUGUCUUCAUCAGACUCUCCAGUGAAGUCAAAGCUAAAUGAUGUACCUGUUUUCUCCACAUCAGAGAAAAAGGAAUACCCCGUUGAUCCAUCUCUGCCGGACAUAAAAAACAGCAUCUAUGCAACUGAUGAAUUCCGAAUGUAUUCAUUCAAGGUGCGGCCCUGUUCCCGUGCCUAUUCUCAUGAUUGGACUGAGUGCCCAUUCGUUCAUCCAGGGGAAAAUGCUCGAAGAAGGGAUCCUAGGAAGUUCCAUUACAGUUGUGUUCCAUGUCCUGAUUUUCGGAAAGGGGCUUGUAGACGGGGAGAUAUGUGUGAAUAUGCACAUGGAGUUUUUGAGUGCUGGCUCCAUCCUGCUCAAUAUCGAACUCGGCUUUGCAAAGAUGGUACAAGUUGUGCUAGAAGAGUUUGCUUCUUUGCCCACACUGUGGAGGAACUCCGUCCAUUAUAUGUAUCCACUGGUUCUGCUGUUCCCUCUCCUCGCACGAGCACGUCUGGUGCCACUGCAAUGGAUUUUGCUGCAGCCAUGAGUCUCUUGCCAGGUUCUCCUUCUUCAUUAUCUGUUAUGUCUCCUUCGCCAUUCACUCCACCCAUGUCUCCAUCUGGCAAUGGUAUGUCACAUUCUUCUGUGGCUUGGCCCCAACCAAAUGUUCCAGCCUUACAUCUCCCUGGAAACAAUCUUCAGUCCAGUCGCUUGAGAUCUUUCUUUAAUGCAAGAGACAUUCCAGCUGAGGACUAUAGCUUGCUGCCAGAUUUUGAUGUGCAGCAGCAGCAGCUCCUAAAUGAGUUAUCCAGUCUCACUCAACCAUCUUUGAGUAAUAACUCUCUGAACCGUUCUGGUCGUUUGAAAACCCUAACCCCUUCAAACCUUGAUGAUCUCUUUUCUGCGGAGAGCUCUUCUCCUCGGUAUGCUGAUCAAGCAUUGGCUGCAGCUGUUUUCUCUCCAACUCACAAGUCUGCAGUUCUCAAUCAGUUCCAGCAGCAGCAAAGCAUGUUAUCACCAAUCAACACAAAUUUUUCUCCAAAGAAUGUUGAUCAUCCUCUGUUGCAGGCCUCUCUUGCAUCAGGCAGGAUGUCACCUCGAAAUGUAGAACCCAUUUCCCCUAUGAGCCCUCGAGUGUCUAUGUUGGCUCAACGUGAGAAACAGCAACAGCAGCUACGUAGCCUCAGUUCGCGGGAGUUAGGCUCCAACUCAGCUGCCGUUGUCGGUCCCCAUGUAAAUUCUUGGUCAAAAUGGGGUUCUUCAAAUGGGAAACCGGACUGGACUGUUAGUGCUGAUGAGUUGGGUAAGCUUCGCAGAUCAAAUUCAUUUGAGCUUGGUAAUGGAGAGGAGCCUGAUCUAUCAUGGGUGCAAUCACUAGUUAAAGAAUCUCCAACUGAGAUGAAAGAAAAGUUGGCCAUGCCCAACUCUAGUGUUGCAGCUGGUGCUUCUUCAAGUGAGGGUCUGAAUAUGAACUCCCAAAUUGAAUCAGUUGAUCAUGCACUGGGGGCAUGGAUUGAUCAAUUGCAUAUUGAUCAGCUUGUGGCUCAGCAAAAUUGAAAUCAAUUCUACUGAGUCCUGAGAUAUUGAAAACAGCCAAGGUUUUGGUAGAUAAUUUCAUGUUUUUUGGGGUUUUGUCAUUAGUGGUGUUGAAGGCAACACCAGCAACAGAGGAAGGGGAAGUGAGAAAAGUCACUUUGGAAAGGAAAAAAAAUUAUUCAUUCACCAUUUUAUUGUUACGGCAGAAGUUAGAGAAAAAGAAAAGGUGAGAUAACCUUCUGGGUUAGAAUCAAAAGAAAUCGAGUCCAGGCUAGGUGUGUGUGUGUAUAUAUAUAUAUAUAUAUAUAUAUAUUUUUUUUUUUUCUUCAAAUAUUUUCAAAUAUUAGAUUUCUAUUAUUGUCAAUUUUUUUUAACGUUUUUUUAUAAUGAGCAACAUGUUAAAGUUACACUAUAACUGAAUUGCUAUGUUUGUCACCUCUUGUACUCACUAUGACCUUAAAAUUCAAUAGAGAGCCAUGAGUCUAAUGUAAGACAGACUUUUCUUGAAAGCUGCACUGUUCUUGGUUCUGCUACAUUUGUGGGAAAGGUACUUGUGAGCAGAUGAUUUGGAGUUGAUGAUUGUGGGUGGGGGUAAUUUAGAGAGAAUAAAGUUGAGGAAUAUGUAAAUAGUUCACUAUUGCUAUUAUACUAAUGCCUUUGUCCUUUUAUUUCA